UCACUCCACGACUACAAUGUCACUGUCAAUUUUGUGGAAAUGUCAAUCCAAAAAUCCAAAAUUAAGAUUAUUAUUCAAUACAAAUCAGUCGAUUUCUGUUAAAAAUAGUAUUAAUAAAUUCUCGACAAAAUCUUUCCUUCGGAAUUCAACGAGAUCUUUAUCGUGUUACCGGAUACCACAGAAGAGAGAUGAAUUCAACAAGCCAGGAUUUUAUAAGUCAACUUUGUUUUCAAAUUGCAGAAAGCCUCUGUUACAGGUUCCACCCUAUCAUGUGGUCUGGAGGACCUGUUUUCACCCUGGGGCCUCAAACAUGGCCCCCUCCGACCCCAGCGGCAUCCCACCCAAAGCUGGAGGAAAGGAGAUUAUAUCCAUGAUGUUACACUACCUCUGGCCAGCCGACAAACCAGAAAUCAGGCGCCGAGUUGUGCUGGCUAUGGGACUGCUUAUCAGUUCAAAAUUGGUGACAGUUGGCGUGCCCUUUAUCUUCAAACACGCUGUAGACUUCCUGAACCAACCAGAAAAUUGGCUGAACGUGGACAACCCUGGCGCAACCAUUCUCACCUCGGCAACAGCCAUAGUUAUCGCAUACGGUGUUGGCAGGACAACCGCCAAUGGAUUUAGUGAGCUGAAGAACGCCGUCAUAGCAACCGUUUCGCAGGAUUCCAUGAGACGGGUAGCGAAGAAUGUAUUUACCCAUCUACACAACCUUGAUCUCUCGUUUCACCUCUCACGACAGACCGGAGCACUCUCUAAAGCCAUUGAUAGAGGAAAUAGAGGUAUAGACUACGUCCUCAGAUCAGUGGUUUUCAAUGUUCUGCCAACUCUUUUCGAAGUGGGGCUUGUCACUGGAGUUUUGUGGUACAAGUGUGGUUCAGAGUUUGCGGCUGUCACUAUAGGCUGUAUCGGAACCUACACUGUGUUUACACUUCUUGUCACGCAAUGGAGGACAAAGAUCCGAGUCGAGAUGAACCAGGCUGAAGGAGAGGCAGGAAACAAGGCCAUAGACUCUCUGAUCAACUACGAGACUGUCAAGUAUUUUAACAACGAGAAAUAUGAAGUGGACCGUUACGACAAAAUACUGGCACGCUACGAAAAGAAGUCCCUAAAGACGUUACAAAGCCUUGCGUUGCUCAACUGGGGACAGAAUGCUAUUUUUAGCGUUGGACUGACCGCCAUUAUGGUAUUGGCCAGUAACAAUAUUAUGGCAGGUACAAUGACAGUUGGUGACCUUGUUAUGGUAAACAGCCUGCUGUUCCAGCUCUCGAUUCCCCUCAAUUUCAUUGGUUCACUGUAUCGAGAGGUUCGACAGUCGCUCAUUGAUAUGGCAACCAUGUUUAACCUGCUCAGCAUUAAGCCAAGUAUCACAAUCAAACCAAAUGCACCUAUUCUAGACGUGAAUGCCCAAAACUCCACAGUGACUUUUGACGAUGUUAGUUUCGAGUAUGUCAAAGGUCAGAAGAUUCUCAACGGGCUCUCGUUUAGCGUUCCAGCGGGCAAAAAGGUUGCCAUUGUUGGUGGCAGUGGAUCAGGGAAGUCCACCAUAGUCCGUCUGCUGUACAGAUUCUUUGACCCAAUGACAGGAAGUGUCCAAAUCAACGGUCAAAAUGUACAAGAUGUCAACUUGGACAGUAUACGACGUGCCAUAGGAAUAGUACCACAGGAUUGUGUACUGUUCCAUGACACUGUUUUCAACAACAUCCACUAUGGAGAUCUGAGUAAGUCUGCGGACGAUGUUUUCUCAGCAGCCAAAAUGGCAGAAAUCCACAACACGAUUAUAAACAGGUUUCCAAACCAGUAUGAAACUGAAGUCGGAGAAAGAGGGUUAAAGUUGUCAGGAGGAGAGAAGCAGAGAGUGGCAAUAGCCCGCGCCAUCAUGAAGGACCCGCCUAUAUUUGUGUAUGAUGAGGCCACAUCAUCACUUGAUACUAUCACCGAACAGAACAUUCUCACUGCUCUUCGAAGCGUGACGAAGGGACGCACAACUCUCGUGAUCGCUCACAGACUUUCGACAGUUGUAGACGCGGACGAGAUUAUUGUCCUAGAGCAUGGACGUGUAGCGGAGCGAGGCAACCAUUUUGAACUGAUGAUGAAGCCAGAUAGUUUAUACAAACACCUCUGGGAAAAACAAAGUUUUGUGAACUAUGACAAUAGUAAUUAUAACAAUAAUGUUGAUAUAGCAGAGGAAAUUAAAGGGUAAAAACUGAUGUGUAUGUUAGAUUGUGAUAUGAUUUUAUCAAUUUUGUUAUUUUAACUUUAAGGAAUAAAGUUUAGCAAGCUGAGAAAAUAUCAAAAAUGUGUGCAAGGGUGAAUUAAAUCCAGCAAGGUAGAAAGUUUUCAGUUUUAAUACUGAAUUCAGAAAUCAGUUUGUUUGAAAACAUAUCUCCUAUUUAAAUGUAUUUUAAAAACUGCAUUUCAGAAACACCCUGUUUUCAGUAUUUUGGGCUUGUCAACUUUUCACCAAUGGUUUCAAGUCUCUUUAAUAAAUAUUUUAGAUUUUAUAUUCUCAGGAGCUCUUUUAAUAUGUGUUGAUCCAUAUAAUUAUGUACAGCUAUACAUCAUAAUACAUGUAUACAAAUUUAAUUAAACCCAAAGAAAUAUUUUUGUACACAUUUAACAUGAGUGUAAACAAGGUCUGUUAUUCUCGUUUCCCUGCCAAUGAGUAUGAGAAUAGUACAUGCAUUGUUCUGGUAAUUUAUUUGAAUGUUAUUAAAGCUGCACUCUGUCAGAUACCAGUUUCGACACUUUAAUAAAAAAGGUCUGAGAAUUGGCUAAUUUUGGCAUCAAUGCCUUCAAUUCAGUCAUGUUAGAUUAUUCACAAAAGAACAGAUCUCAUUUGUUUGGAAAACUUUUAAUAAGUUUAUUAACGCUUUUAGCCAUAAAACAUCAUUUUUAGCUCCACUGGCCAAAGGCCAUGGAGCUUAUGUCGUCACAGAUUGUCCGUCGUGAGUUCGUGCGUGCGUGCGUGCGUGCGUAAACUUUUACUUUAAACGACAUCUCCUCUGAAACUGAUAAGCGGAUUUUGACAAAACUUCACAGGAAUGUUCCUUUGGUGGUCCUUUACCAAAAUUGCUCAAAUGGUUCCGGUCCAUUGCACAAUAUGGCCGCCAGAGCUAAAAAUAGCAAAAUCUUUAAACGACAUCUCCUCUGAAACGGUUCGGCAGAUUUUGAUGAAACUUGACAGUAAUGUUCCUUGGGUGGUCCUUUAUUAAAAUUGCUCAAAUGGUUCUGGUCCAUUGCACAAUAUGGCCACCACAGCUAAAAAUAGCAAAAUCUUUAAACGACAUCUCCUCUGAAACGGAUAGGCAGAUUUUGAUGAAACUUGACAGAAUUGUUCCUUGGGUGGUCCUUAACCAAAAUUGCUCAAAUGGUUCCGGUCCGCUGCACAACAUGGCUGCCAGGGCAAAAAAAUAGAAAAACCUUUAAAGAACAUCUUCUCAGAAACCGAUGAUCAGAUUUUGAUGAAACUUAACAAAAAUGUUCCUUGGAUGGUCCUUUAUCAAAUUUGCUUCAAUGGUUUCGGUCCACUGCACAAGAUGGCCCCCAGAGGUAAAAAUAGAAAAACCUUUAAACGACUUCUCCUCAGAAACCGAUGAUCGUAUUGCAAUGAAACUUGACAGAAAUGUUACUUGGGUAGUCCUUAACCAAAAUAGCCCAAACAGUUCUGGUCUGCUGCACAACAUGGGCACCAGAGCUAAGAAUAGAAAAGAACGUUAAACUACAUCUUCUCAGAAACCGAUUAUCAGAUUUUGAUGAAACUUUACAUAAAUGUUCAUCGGGAUGCCCUUUAACCAAAAUUCCCCAAAUGGUUCUGGUCCGCUGCACAACAUGGCUGCGAGAGUUAAAAAAUAAAAAAAACUUUAUACGACUUGUCGUCGAAACCGAUGACCUUUUUUCGAUAAAACUUGACAGAAAUGUUUGUUUGGUGCUCCUUUACUCAAAUUGCCCAAAUCAUUUCGGUCCACUGCACAACAUGGCAGCCAGAGCUAUUAAAGUAAAAUUUUUUUUUAAAUAACUUCUCCUCAAAAAUUGAUGAUUGUAUUUUUAUGAAACUUGACGAAAAUGUUCGUUAGGUGGUCUUUGCUUGAACCUUUUGGCCAGUGGAGCACAGGCACUGAUGUGCCUCUUGUUCAAACAUAAAUAUGAUAAACUGUGAUCUGAUCUUUUUGUCAGCAGUCUAAUAUCACUGGUUUCCAGACAUUUUCACAAAAAUUGGCUCAUUUAAAGACAAAAACAUAAAACAAGUUGUCAAAAUGAUCAAUCUGUGAGAGUGCAGCUUUAAAUGGACUUGUUCAUGUGUCAUGUGUUAUAUGGUUCGACAUUGGAAAAAUAAAUGAAUUGUAAAAACAAUGCUUUUAACAAUGAUGAAAUAUCAUCAAAAGUUCAUAUAGAGCUGUAUUGUGAAUAAUGAUUUAAAAAUGUUACAGAAAACUCUCUAUUUUGCCGAACAGCCUUGUAGCGCUAUUAAACUAUUAUGGCCUAGAUUUGCAAAAUUCUGCACAGAUGAAUAUUUGCCAGUUGCUGUUUGGUGUUUGUUCAUCAACACAAGUAAAAUGAAAAUGCAAAGUUAAAAAAUGUCAACUUAAAAUCUGUGGGCGAGUCUAUUUAAAAUGAGGAACCAUGCCUUUAUAAGGGACUCAAAAUGGGUGAAGAAAUGUGCACCUGGCCCCAAAUUUUUUAAACUUGCAAGUCCCUUUAAACAGAAUUCAGUUGAGCUCACUAUUUUUGUUUUUCUAUUCUUUGCGUAAUAUUUGUUUCUUUAAGAGUUUUUAGACUUUAAAAAGGACAGUGUGUGUAUACCAUGUGAUAAAUUACGUCAUAAUUGCUACGUCGGAAGGCAAUAUUUUGCUUGGAAUGACGACUUUAAACGCACAUAACUUUACUAGUUUUUCACCAUUUUAAAUGAAACAUUACGCAGUCUACUUAAACCUGUUAAGCUUAAGCAGUUUUGAGAAAUUAAGGCCUGAUAAUGACUUCACCUUUGUUAUAUUCAACAAAUACUUUCAUUCUCAAGCACACUUUUGUUACAUUUUGAAACAGUUGACCUGUUGAUUUUAUUUGCUUAAUUCAUUGUAUUCUUUGAGGUCCAUUUUUCUAUAUGUUAAUGAUUCAACAAGUUUAAUGUAAAUUGGCUAUUUUACCUUGUGAGAUGCCUUUUAUAUACAUGUUGCUUUUGUUUUAAUUAUAUUGUUUGUUUGUUUGUUUAUUAGUCAGGUAGUAAAUUAUUUAAUCUGAAAUAUAUUUUUGAAAACGUU